AUGACAAACUCCCCUAAAACCCUUUAUGAUAAGGUUUUUGAAAACCAUAUAGUUCAUAAAGAUGAAUCAGGAUCUUAUUUAUUAUAUAUUGAUAGACAUUUAGUCCAUGAAGUUACUUCACCUCAAGCUUUUGAAGGAUUGAAAAAUGCCGGUAGAAAAGUUAGAAGAACUGAUUGUACUUUAGCCACUGUUGAUCACAACAUUCCAACAAUUUCCAGAGUUAAUUUCAAAGAUAUUGAUAGUUUUAUUGAUCAAGAAGAUUCUAAGUUACAAGUUAAAACUUUAGAACAAAAUGUUAAAGAUUUUGGAGUUACUUACUUCGGUAUGGAUGAUGAUAGACAAGGUAUUGUUCAUAUUGUUGGACCAGAACAAGGUUUUACUUUACCAGGAACCACUGUUGUUUGUGGAGAUUCUCAUACUUCCACUCAUGGAGCUUUUGGAUCCCUUGCUUUUGGUAUUGGUACUUCCGAAGUUGAACAUGUUUUAGCUACUCAAACUAUUAUUCAAGCAAAAUCUAAGAAUAUGAGAAUUGAUAUUCAAGGUGAUUUAAAUGAAGGAAUUACUUCCAAAGAUUUGGUUUUACAUGUCAUUGGAGUUAUUGGUACUGCUGGUGGUACUGGAUGUGUUAUUGAAUUUGCUGGUAAAGCCAUUGAAAAUUUAUCAAUGGAAGCUAGAAUGUCUAUUUGUAAUAUGGCUAUUGAAGGAGGUGCUAGAGCUGGUAUGAUUAAACCUGAUGAUAUUACUUUUGAAUAUAUUAAAGGUAGACCUUUAUCACCAAAAGGUGAAGAAUGGGAUAAAGCUGUUAAAUAUUGGAAAACUUUACAUUCUGAUGAAGGUGCUCAUUUUGAUUACGACAUUAAGAUCAAAGCCAGUGACAUUGUUCCUACAAUUACUUGGGGUAAUUCUCCACAAGAUGCUUUACCAAUAACGGCCAGUGUACCUGAUCCUUCAAAAGUUGAUGAUCCAAUUAAGAAAUCUGGUAUGGAAAGAGCUUUAAAAUAUCAAGGUUUAAAACCAAAUACUCCUUUAAAAGAUAUUAAAAUUGAUAAAGCUUUCAUUGGAUCAUGUACUAAUUCAAGAAUUGAAGAUUUAAGAGCUGCUGCUAAAGUUGCCAAAGGUCAUAAAAAGGCUGAUAAUGUUAAAGAAGUUUUAAUUGUUCCUGGUUCAGGAUUAAUUAAGAAACAAGCUGAAAAGGAAGGUUUAGAUAAAAUCUUUGAAGCUGCUGGUUUUAAAUGGAGAGAAGCUGGUUGUUCUAUGUGUCUUGGUAUGAAUCCAGAUAUUUUAGAUCCUGAAGAAAGAUGUGCUUCUACUUCUAAUAGAAAUUUCGAAGGUAGACAAGGGGCUUUAUCAAGAACUCAUUUAAUGUCUCCAGCUAUGGCUGCUGCUGCUGCCAUUAAAGGUCAUUUUACUGAUAUCAGAGAAUUCGAUUACGUUAAUACUGAUGAACCUGAUAUUGUUAUUGAACAAGAAGAAGAUAAAGAAUUACAAGAUGCUGUUUAUGAACAUGAAAAACAACCAAUAGCUGAAGAUAAAUCUUCAAUUGAUGAACAAAUCAAUGACAUUCCUAAAGAACCAGAAUCCAAAAAACAAAAACCGCAAGAAUCUGGAAUGGGUAAAUUUACUGUCUUAACUGGUAUCACUGCUCCUUUAGAUAAGGCCAAUGUUGAUACCGAUGCCAUUAUUCCAAAACAAUUCUUGAAAACCAUCAAACGUACUGGUUUAAAAGCUGGUUUAUUCUAUGAGUCUCGUUUUGUUAAAGAUCCAAAAACUGGUAAAGAUGUUGAAACUGAUUUCGUUUUGAAUGUCGAACCUUAUAGAAACGCUGAUAUCUUGUUAGUUACUGGUGAUAACUUUGGUUGUGGUUCUUCAAGAGAACAUGCUCCUUGGGCUUUGAAAGAUUUUGGUAUCAAAUGUAUGAUAGCUCCAUCUUUUGGUGAUAUUUUCUACAAUAACUCCUGUAAGAAUGGAUUAUUACCAAUCAGAAUCCCUCAAGAAGAUAUCUUAUCCAAAUUAUACCCAUUGGCCCAAGCUGGAAAGAAAUUGACUGUUGAUUUACCUAAACAACAAAUCAGAAACGGUGAAACUGAUGAAGUUUUGAUUGAAAAUUUCGAAAUUGAGGAAUUCAGAAAACAUUGUUUAGUCAAUGGAUUAGAUGACAUUGGUUUAACUUUACAAAAAGAAGAGUUCAUUGUUAAAUAUGAAACUUUAAGAAAAGAUAUUUAUUCAUUCUUAGAAGGUGGAUCCAAGUUGAUCAAACCUAUUAAAGGUGCUAAGAAAUCAAAGUAUGGGUUAAAGACUCAAGAAUGGUAG